CUGUAUCAGAGAUGAGAGAGGGGAAGACAGCACAAAGAGGGAAGGGAAGAGAGAAGACAGGGAAAAGAGGAGGUCUGCGUAAACCCCGCCUCCGAUCUCGGAUCCCCUCGCAUUCCUUAUUCACAGCCUCUCACGUUUAGGAUAGAGAGAGAAAGGGGAGAAACAAGAAGGACACACGAAGAAGAAGGAGAAAGAAGACGAAGAAGAAGAAGAGGGAAGGGGAGCUGCAAAACGACCAUGGCAAUAUCCAAAACGUCUCAGCUUGAGAUAGUGUACGAUCACAGCGCACCUCUACCACCGUCGACCACGGCACGGAGCAUGCAGUCGCACAAUAGACAGAGUCCAGAUGAAUGAGGAGAUAUUUACCUGGGCCGUGGACAAAAUGAGGGUCAUCUUCAUCCAAAACGCCGGUUUCGUCGCAGCUUUCUCGCCUUUUAGAUGUGAGUCGGUGAUGUUGGCAGCGUUUAGGAUGACAGAUAAUGUGAACGAGCCAGAAUUAACCACAGCCAGAUCAUGCCAGUCAGUUGAGGAGUGAGGAUAUCAGACCAAUUUAUUUAGGCAUUUUUCUUUUAUUGGAAUAGAGCUUGCACAUACAUUAUAGCCAGUAUAUCAUUUUUAAAUCGAAAGCGUAUUCAGCUUCCGGCAUGCAGCCUGCUGUCGAAACCUGAAUACAUAUUUUUAUUACAAUAUUGCCUCUAGAAUUAUUUUUAAUCCAGUGAUACAGGACUAUGUAUCAGGUUAUUAUAGACCGAUAAUGUCCUUUUAGACUUUUUGUGUUUAAUCCAUUAGUAGAUUGAUUAUAUAGCGAUAAAAACAUGAAUAGGUAGGAGGAGAAAUCUUUUGUUCACUUUGAUCAAAGCCAAUUGAUCAACCAAGACAAUCUGGAAAUGUUAGUUUCCACGUUAUAAUAUGACUAGCAAGCUACGCGUUAUUCCUUGUAAUUUAUUUAUUUAUUAUUACUAUUAUUAGGCCUAUAAGUAUUAUAUUAUCAAUUUGUUUUAAGUAGGUAUAGUUUGAAAUAUUUAACAGUGGGAAGGUUGUUAAAACACCUCCCUAGUGAGAUGGAAACCGCUUAUUUAUCGCCCCACCGGGGGGCAACGCGUCCCGAGGCUCAGAAAGGCCAAACCUCAGCGGGCAAACCGGCGGGGGGUGACCUCUCCCGUCCACCUCCAUCUCCACCACUACCUGCCGGCAGCUCUCCCGAAGAGAUCCCGGCAAGCAGUGAUGGACGAAGAAACUCGGGCGUCAAGAAGCACCAUCACAAGCAUAACCUGAAACACCGCUACGAGCUACUGGAGACGCUGGGAAGAGGCACCUACGGCAAAGUCAAGAAGGCCAUCGAGCGGCACUCUGGCAGAGAGGUGGCUAUCAAGUCCAUUCGGAAGGAGAAGAUCAAGGAUGAGCAGGACAUGGUUCACAUUCGCCGAGAGAUUGAGAUCAUGUCAUCCCUCCGCCACCCACACAUCAUCUCUAUAUAUGAAGUGUUUGAGAACAAGGACAAGAUUGUGAUUGUGAUGGAGUACGCCAGCAAGGGCGAGCUGUAUGACUACAUCAGCGAGCGCCGGCGCCUGAGCGAGCGAGAGACGCGACACUUCUUCAGACAGAUAGUCUCCGCCGUGCACCACUGCCACAAGAAUGGAGUGGUGCACAGGGAUCUGAAACUGGAAAAUGUGCUACUGGAUGAAAACUGUAAUAUUAAGAUUGCUGACUUCGGGUUGUCAAACCUCUACCACAAGGACAAGCUGCUGCAAACCUUCUGUGGCAGCCCACUCUACGCCUCACCAGAGAUUGUCAAUGGGAGACCAUACCGUGGCCCAGAGGUGGACAGCUGGGCUCUGGGGGUACUGUUGUAUACCCUGGUCUACGGGACCAUGCCAUUCGAUGGGGGAGACCACAAGAACCUCAUUCGCCAGAUUAGCAACGGCGAGUACAAAGAGCCCACUCAGUCCUCAGAUGCCCGUGGACUGAUCCGCUGGAUGUUGAUGGUGAACCCUGAGCGCCGGGCCACAGUGGAGGACAUAGCCAAUCACUGGUGGGUAAACUGGGGCUGGAAGAACAGUGUGUGUGACUGCGAGACCCAACGUGACCACGGAGGCUCGCCUAUGCUGGCCCGCUUCAUCGACUGGCAGAACCGCACUGAGCCACGUGGUUCUGGAGCCAAAGCUGCAGCCAUGCCCCAGCUGCUGCGCCAGAGGCCCAAAAAGUCCAAGAAGGAAAAUCUUGAGGCAGGACAGACCCACUGUGGAGUGGAGGACAAGCCAGGUCUGAAGAGACCCAAGGGGAUCCUGAAGACCAGGGUCACAGAGGAGCAGCAGUCUGCAAGUCUGGAAGAAGUGGAAUUGGGCCAGGCCGCACUGCCUCAACAAGCUGAAGGGGGAGAGGAGGCCUCAAGUCCAGAUCGAGAAGAAGAGGAGCCGACUCUGGGAGGAGGCUCGCCAGCCAAGAUGGUGCCCUCUCUACCCAAGAAAGGCAUCUUGAAGAACAAUCAACAGCGGGAAUCAGGGUACUACUCCUCCCCAGAACGCAGUGAGUCCUCUGAGCUUUUAGGUGGUGCCAGUAUGUCUCUACUAGCCACCUCCCCGCCCAAGAGAGCAAUGGGAAGAAAAGGCAUCUUGAAGCGAAACGGCAAGUACUCCACCUACAGCGGGCCUCCCUCAGCAGCAGCAGUGGCCGGGGUUCUUGGUGAGCCUCCUCCAUCAACUGACUCUGGUCUGUCCCGCAGUCAGAGUCGGCCCUCCAGCAUAGUCGGGGAGGACAGCUCGGUCCUGUCCCUCUCGCCCAGCUCCCUGAGCGGGGCCGAGUGGCAUCCCUCCACCCCUCACCUCCGCCCAAACAUCAGGGCCUGCGUCUCUGCUGAAAACCUGCUGCAGCUCGCCAACUUCAAGGGCUUCCAGGCAGCCCCGCCGCUCCAGGGACCCAAGUUCAGUCGCGGCCCCAAAACGAAAGGCUCCCCGGGGGACAAUGGCAGCUUCUCCUUGCUGGGGGACCUGGAGGACAUGACUCAGGUGUACCAGCAAGCUCUGGACAUCAGCAGCAACCUCACCUAACAGAUGGGUGGCAGAGAGAGAAGAGGCAGAGGGAAUUAAACCUGACUGUGUGUGAGUAUGUGUGUGCACAGAUGUAUAUGGGUGGCAUUAACGACCAGUGUGUUACUGGGAUACACCUUUUUGGAAGUUGUGGCUUUUCAAACGGGACUGAAAUCUUGAUGGAAAUGAUAAAUAUAUAUCUACGCACACACCUCCACACACAGAUGUACACACUUAGGUGCACUUCUCCGGCCAGAGGAAAUUCAGUUAGGGUUUUGUGAACAGGAGAGAAGAAGGAGCUGGCACGAGAGAAUGCCACCCAGUCUGCUUUCUUGACCCGCCCAUAGACUUUGCUGUGUUCAACAUGUUUACAUAUUCAGCAAGAAGGCAAGUUAGAAUCACAAACGCAGCAACCAGAAACUGGUUGGCUCUCCUUGUACACCACCCAUUUUGAGUUUGAGUUUACAAAAGCACCUUAAAACUCACACAGAGCACAUGCUUUUGUGAUCUUUACUUCCUUUAAAAAAAGAAACAAACCAGGGUCUUGUUCCAAAAAUAACUGACAUUGCUGAUUAUUUAUUAAUAUUUUUCGUAGCUUUUAGUUUUAAGUGCAAAACUGGUGGGCGCUGGCUGUUACUGGAAGAGUCCAAAGCUCCUUGUCUCCAACUCUUUGUGUGGAACUGACAUAUAUAAUUAUGUUGCUCAGUGAUGAGAAACAUAUAUAUACUCAGCAUAUAUAACUACGUCUGCGCAUGUAAAACACGCAGGCAAUUAUACCUUCAUAAAAGCGUAUGUCCUAUAUAUGUGUAUGAUACUAGGGAAUAUGUAGGAAGUGCCUUUUUUGAUUCAUAAUAAAAAAUUAUGUAUGUCAUUUCCUUAAAGUGGAGGGAAAAGCCAGGCCAACCUGUCACCAGUUGUGCUUUUAAAAAAAAAAAAAAAAAAAAAAUUUGAUGUGAAUGUGGAGAGACCCAGGGCCUUUAGCAGCACAGCUGACUAGCUUUACUUGUUGUGGGGUUCAAAGGUCAGCCUGAGACAGUUGAGAUCAAACAGUCUGGCCAUCUUCUCCCACCAUUCGUUCCACAAGCAGAAUCACAUACAGAUAUGCCAACAUCUACAGGCAGCCUCGCAAAGACCUCCUCUGUGUUCUUUGUCAGUGUUUAAGCCCACAGUUUGGCUUGUCAGCAGUUUAGGUGGCUUGGUUGAACACAGAUUUGCUGGCAGCACCAGAAGUCUGGAGGGACUCACCUAGUGGGACAUUUAGUGAAGGGAGAUGGCGCAGACACCAUCUCACAGUCCUGGAAUGUGCCUGGCUCUUUUAACCUUGUUGUUUCACAUUUACGGGGCUACCUGAUAAAAUAAGCUCCUUGGUGAGAGAUUGUUUUGUUUUUGUUUUUUUUAAACCUAAGACAAGUAAGGUGUUUUCCAUUGUCAAACUGGUUAAUAUUUUACCCAAAGCUCUUCAAAAGAGCUUAGUAAGGGGGUUUGUUUUAGCCUGCUGAUGACACAGCAAAUUCCUCAGACAAAGGCUGAAGACGUGUUGGUGCUAGAGAUCCCUAUCAGCCCCAGCCCGACUCAGCACAGGUGGGAUCUGCGGUCCGCGCUGAACCCUCCAGCUGUGUACACUAGUUCAUUAUUCCAACCGAGCACAAUUAGCCAGCUAUUGUUUUCAUUUGUGAGUAAGAGAGAGGCAGCGCAUAGAGAUUUAUAGCUAGAGGGAGAAGAAAAGUGUGAAAAGAAGAGUGUGAUACAUGUAACAGUGCUGAGGUUAGAGAGGACUUUCCUGUAAAAACCUGGAAAGGUCAAGGAGUUAGAUUCAGUUUUUUUGGAAGGAAUUGUAAUGUAGAUUAGUGAAAGUAAAGAAAGUGAGUAGAAAGAGUAGAUGGAAAGUUUUUCUUUUAUACCAAAGAUGUGAUGAAGCUUUGACAUGAGUCAUGGAUGGAUAAGCUGCAAUGGAUAGGCUGCAGAAUAAUAAGAGCCCUUUAGAUUUUUCUUUGACGUGGGAAUCCCCAUUGGUGAAUGAAAUCAUCCCCACACUGGCUUUAGUUCACGUUUGUUUUAUUUUUUUUUUUUCUUCCUCUUUUGGGCUUUUUAUUUGUGAUGCUGGAGGCUGUUGAUACAGCUUGUCUUGAGGGUCAGUGUGUGACUUUAUGGCCUUAAAGAGUGUGUUACACUUUUCAACAGCAGCGAAAAAGUAGGGAAACGGUCACUGACAUCAUCCAAAAUAUCAAAUGAUGUGGAUGGAAAACCAUGCAGUAGAUGACCCCCGAGGAAAAAGAUCACAUGUUGAAUGUUUUCAGUGGUCCGCUCGUGUGAAGGAAAGGUCCUGGGUAUUGAUUCAGAUGAAAGACCCGUUGCGUAUUAUAUUGCAUUUUAUUGCCUUUUGUAUUGCAUUUUAUUGUCAACUGGAUUUACAGUGAGAAAAUUAUACUAUGUUAGUAUUUUGUUUUAUUAUGCUUCUGUUUUUGAUUUUCCAAAAUAUAAGAAACUUUAUAUUGCUUUAUGUUAUGGCAGAUAAUACUUCCUUCCUCGAAGUAUUCAAAUUUCUCUCCAAAAACAAACAAACCUGAUCUGAAAUUGGUGUAAUUUCCUCCCCUGUUCUCCUGUAGGUUAGAGAGGCCCAGUAACAACCUCUCAAUGGCAAAAAAACAACUUUUACAAAUUAAAAUAUGAAUUGGAAUAGGGCAAACUGCAAGCAUAUGUACUAAUGUAUUAACAGCUGACCCUAUGAAAAUUGAAUUCCAACCUCCACUAAAGCAUGGGAGAUCCAAAAAGUUCAAACUGCUGGAAUAACACCAGGAGAAAAAGGAAAUAAAGCAAUGGAAAGAAUCUGAUGAUGAAACUUUAACUCUGCCAAACUGGAAAUAACUGGUGCAUAUCUGUUAGUUAGCAGAAAGUCUAAUCAUAGGAAAACUUGACUGGAUAUUGUUAUGACAAUAAUAAUAAAUUAGUAUUAUUAUGUUAUUUAAGUAUUAUUUUCGUUAUGGCUCAUUACUAUGGAUGGCUUUUGCCACAGUUUUUGGUUUUAUUUUUAAUUUUUUUUUGUCUGUUGGUGAUCCUGGACUGCCAAGGUGGAUUAAGUUGUGUGCCUUUGGUAUCUUUUAUGACCUUUUUUUUUCUUUAUUUUUUUUUCUUUUUGAUAAUGAAAAUUAUUAUCAAUGUGUUUUUAUACUUGUAUUUAUUGGUGAUCAAGCCAUUUAAUUUGUUGUCAAGAGUGCUCCAUGUUCAUGCUUUGGCCUGCUUUGAACAGUGUGUAGUGUUCAGAACAUACUGCACACAAAAAAUAUCAUGUAUGUUCUUUCAAAAUAGAGUGGUAUCAUCUCAUCAUGAAGGCAGUGGUCAAGUGUGUAUUUUUAAUAUUAACAAAUCAAUAAGAGUCCCACAAAUCUUGUAAAAUGUCUUAAUACAUCAAUUUUGGGUGUAUUUCUACUCAACGCAAUGCCUCUGUAGUACUGUAUCAACUCAAAUAAAUGGAUCUUGAAAGUUA